AUGCGUGUUGUGGCGUUCGACCGCCCCGAGGUUCAGCGAGUGUUGAAGACCUGCCCUGGUCGUGUCCCCGGCUCCUUCAGCCCUGUCCUCUCAGGGACGACAGCCUCCGUGGAGGAAACCGCUGGUCAGACCAGUAUACGGUGGUGCACCAUCUCUACAGGGGAGGCGAAGAAAUGUAACGCCAUGUCGCAGGCCUUCACGAGCGCUUCAAUCCGUCCGGAGCUCAAAUGCGUCAGCGCUGUGGAGGAAUGCGCGCGGAAAAUCAUGGAGAACACAGUGGACGCCUUCUCCGUGAACUCUAAGGACAUCUACGAACUGGAGAAAACGGCUUCCUUCAAGAUGGCAGCUGGGGAGUCGGACUCUGCAGGAGAGGGCACUGUGUACUAUGCUGUUGCCGUGGUGAAGAAGGCGAACCCCAGCAUCAACAUCAACUCUCUGAGGGGCCGUAAGACGUGUCACACAGGCAAGGGCCGCACGGCCGGCUGGAACAUGCCCCUGGGCUACCUGAUAGACCAGGGCAAGAUGUCCGUCAUGGGCUGUAACAUCUCUCAGGGGGUGGCUGACUUCUUCAGCGCCAGCUGUAUCCCGGGGGCGCAAGACGACCCCCCCUCCCUGUGUAAGCUGUGUGUGGGCAACGGGGCGGGGCAGCACGUGUGUGACAUGACCACGGACGAGAAGUACUUCGCUUACAGCGGUGCCUUCAGGUGCCUGGUUGAGGAUGCAGGAGAGGUGGCCUUUGUAAAACACACAACUGUGGCGGAAAACACUGAUGGUAACGGGGAUGUCUGGGCUCAGGGACUGAGGUCUUCCGACUACCAGCUGCUGUGCCGUGACGGGACGCGGGUGCCCGUCUCCGAGUACCGGCGCUGCCACCUGGUCAGGGUGCCAGCCCGUGGCAUCGUGGUCCGCAACGACAUCAGCAGCUCCCUGGUCUACCAGAUGCUGAAAGAUGGACUGCAGAAGUCCGGGUUCUCCAUGUUCUCCUCGGUAUACGGUACCAACCUGCUCUUCAGUGAUUCGUCCACGCAGUUCCUGGAAGCUCGUUCUGAGGAUCCUAAGGUGUGGAUGGGAGACGUCUACCGCAACGCCCUGAGAGCCAUGGACUGUAAUCCUAUUGAGGUCCCUGAAAGCCUGCGCUGGUGUGUGUUGUCGAGCGGGGAGCAGCAUAAGUGUGCAGACAUGGCCGUCGCCAUACAGAGCAAGUCCCUGACCCCUGUCAUCCAGUGUAUUUAUGGCUCAUCAGUAGAAGAUUGCAUGAAGAAGAUCCAGAACAAAGAAGCCGAUGCCAUCACUCUGGAUGGAGGCUACAUCUACACAGCAGGGAAGAGUUAUGGUCUGGUUCCUGCCACCGGAGAAAGCUACACGGGGGACUAUGAUGGUAGUAUCUACUAUUCGGUGGCAGUGGUGAAGAAGUCGAACCGGGGCAUCCACACUCUGGACGACCUGAAGGGAAAGAGAUCCUGCCACACAGGCUACGGUCGCACCGCCGGCUGGAACGUUCCCAUGGCAACACUGAUGGACAAGGGUAUCAUCCGAUCCCAGCCGUGCGAGAUACCUCAAGCGGCGGGAGAGUUCUUUAAGAGCAGCUGCGUCCCUGGGGCCAAACAGCCCGGUUUCCCUAGCAACCUGUGUGACCUCUGUAUAGGGGACAUCGCCGGAGAGAACAAAUGUGUCAAGGACAAGGACCUGUAUGACGGAUACGUGGGAGCCUUCAGGUGUUUAGCUUCAGGAGCAGGGGAUGUGGCCUUCAUCAAACACUCCACAGUCUUCCAAAACACUGACGGUAACUCUGAGGAGUCGUGGGCAGCGGACCUCAAGUCCUCCCAGUUCCAGCUGCUGUGUCCUCAGGGCUCCAGGGUGGAGGUGACUCAGUACCAGCACUGCAACCUGGCGCGUGUCCCCUCCCACGCCGUCAUGGUACGACCCGACACCAACAUCCAUGCUGUCUUCGGCCUGCUGGACAGAGCCCAGGGCUACUUUAAAGAUGACGCAGGCACAGGCUUCCGGAUGUUUGACUCGACCGGAUAUGAAGGAACCGACCUGAUAUUUAAAGACUCCACCGUUGCCCUGAUCGGUGUGGCCGACAAGAAGACUUAUGAGGACUGGCUGGGGCAGGAGUAUAUGCACUCUCUGACCAACAUGGAGUGUACCUCCUCCAGUAUAGUGAGCUCCUCUGCCUCCCUGCUCCUGGUGGCUGUGCUCAGCUCUGCGCUCUCCUUCCCCUGGGCCUAGACACGUCUAGACCCUGGCCUUCUUCCCCUACCCCUGACCCCACGUCCCCCCUGCCCUCAGCUCCAACCAGUGCCACAGCCCCAGCCUCAACCCCUCCUCAC